AUGGAGUCUCUCGUGGCGCGUCUCGAGGCGGUCGCCGCGCGCCUCGAGGCGCAAGCCGGCGCUCCAGCGGCCGCCAAGACCACCGCCUCCACCCCCGGGGCCAAAACCGAUGCCGCCGGAGGCGUCGCCCCCUCCGUCGCCGCCUUCGACGCGCUCAUCGCCGGUCCCCUCGCCGAGCUCGUCGCCGCGACGAGCGCGUUGGGCGACGCCGAGAUCGCCGACGCGACCGCCCUGUUCGCCGACGCCUUCAACGCCGAACGAACCGUCAUCGAGUGCAUCGCGUCGUGCAGAAAGCCCGAGAUGGACGCGCUCCAGUCCCUGCUCGCGCCCGUCGGCGACCUCAUGACCCGCGUGGGGGCAAAGUCCGAGGGCAAACGCACCGACGCCUUCAACCACCUCAAAGCCUUGGCGGAGGCGGCGCAGUGCCUGUCGUUCGUCGCCUACACAGGGCCGGAGACGGGGAUGUCCCUGCCGGGCCCGCACGUCACCGAGACGUGGCAGUCUGCGGAAUUUUAUGCCAACAAAAUCUUAGUGCAGCACAGGAACAGCGAGGGCGGUGACGCGCACGUGACGUGGGUCAACUCGCUGAAGCGGCUGGUGUCCGUCGCGACGAGGGAUUACGCCAAGGAACAUCACACCACGGGGCCGGCGUGGAAUCCCAAGGGGGGCGACCCGACCAACGGCCCGGCCGCUCCCGCGGAGGGCAUGUCCGCCGUGUUCAAGGAGCUGAACAAGGGCGAGGCGAUCACCAGCGGGCUGAGGAAGGUGACCGACGACAUGAAGAGCAAGAACAGGGCGGAUCGAAGCGGCUUGGUCGCGACCGGCGGCGGCGCGGGGGGUGCGCCCGCCGUCGCCGCCGUCACCAACGUCUCCAAGACGGCCAAGCCUCCCAAGUUUGCCCUCGACGGCAAGAAGUGGGCGGUGGAGCACCAGGUGGGGAACAGGACCCUGGUGAUCGAGGACGUCAACCCGAAGCAGACGGUGUACGUGUACGACUGCGUGGAUUGCGUCAUACAGAUCAAGGGAAAGGCGAACAACAUCACCCUCGACAAGUGCGCCAAGACUGGCGUCGUGUUCGAAGACGUGCUCGCCACGUGCGAGCUGGUAAACUGCGUUUCGAUGCAGGUGCAGUGCACCGGGGCGGUCCCGACGGUGGCCAUCGACAAGGUGGACGGGUGCCAGGUGUUUCUGGGGCCCAAAUCGUACGGCGCGGAGAUCACGACGGCGAAGUGCUCCGAGGUUAACGUCGUCUGCGUCCCGGCGGAGGGGAGCGACGCCGACGCGAUCGAGACGCCGGUGCCCGAGCAGUUCGUGACGACGAGGGACCCGGGGACGGGGAAGUGGGUGACGGUGCCCAUGGGACACUCGGGGGCGUGA